AUGAUGGAGAGCAAUACUGCUAUGGUAGACAUGGGUUGUGCCACAUGGACAGCGGGGGUAUUGAGGCUGGAUGAGAGAAGACGCGACAGUGUUGGCUUGGAUGGGGCAAAGAGGACGAGUAGCAUCGGUUCCCUGUCCCUUGGUGUCGCAUUUGGUUUGGGGCUUCUGGAUGGCAUUUUGAUGGUCGAAGACACCAGCUUUUCCAACCGAGGGGCUGGAAACUGGAACGGCAAGCGUCCAGGGUCCAUAACCUCCUGGUGGUAUUUGGCCAAACUGGGACCAGGGUGCUGGGCUUGUGGAUUCACAUGGCUGUGCGAAGAUGUGUUUCGCAUUUGA